UACCAAGGUUUGUUCAUACUGCUAAAAACAGUAGACUGAAGCAGAAAUCAAUGAAUCUUCAUCAUUUGGUUAGUGGACCUAUCCAGGCAAGUAAGAUGCCAUUAAUGCCCUUUACAUUGUUUUCAUUUUCUUGAAACUCCGUUGUUCAAUCAGUGUUUCUUUAUCAAUUUUGGGAGCUGCUUAAAAUACUAAAGAAAAAAAGUUUGGGAGCUGCUUAAAAAUAAAGAGUUAGCCUAGAUCCAAAUGCAACUUAAAGAUUCAAGAAGAUGAACUAAACAACAAUCUGUGCUUAAACCCGAUCAUCAUCAUUUGAACUUAUCAAAACCAAAAAGUUCAUCUUCUUUACCUUCUAUCAGUCUUCGUGUUAAAGUCAUUUUGCCUUCUUCCACAAACUGCUUUGUUUUGAACCAGAAGAUUUACAAGUACUAGUAUCUGAAACAAUAGAAAAUGGGUAAUUUAUUGGGCUGUGUAAAAGUCCACCAGAUGGAAGUUGCUGUCAAGGAGAACUUUGGCGAGUAUAAGAAAGUUCUUGCCCCUGGAUGCCAUUGCGUACCAUGGUGUUUUGGUAGUCGAAUAGUUGGUCAUGUCAACCUCAGGGUUCAGGAGCUGGAUUUGAGAUGCAAGACCAAGACAAAGGAUAAUGUGUUUCUGACUGUCGAUGCAUCUAUACAAUAUCGAGCUGUACGAGAAAAUGCAGGCGAUGCAUUCUACAAACUGAGCAAUACAAGGGGCCAAAUCCAAGCCUAUGUUUUUGAUGCUAUCAGAUCCAUUGUUCCAAAGCUUACUUUGAAUGAUGUUUUCGAGCAAAAGGAUGAUAUUGCUAACGAAGUUGAUGAACAACUGGAAAGGGCUUUAGCGGAUUAUGGAUAUGAAAUCGUUAAGACACUCAUUGUUGACGUAGAACCCGAUGACAAGAUCAAAUUUGAAAUCAAUGACGCUGCAAGGCUACGGUUGGUAGCAACGGAAAAGGCAGAGGCUGAGAAGAUGUUGCUUAUCAAGAUUGCAGAGGCUGAAGCGGAAUCGAAAUACCGCUCCGGAUUGGGUAUUGCUUGGAAGCGUCAAGCAGUUUUUGAUGGUCUCGCUAACACAAUACAACGGUUCUCAGAUAGCGUUCCCGGAAUUUCUCCCAAAGAUGUCAUGGAGAUGGUUUUAGCAACAGAAUACUUGGACACUUUGAAGGAAAUUCGUGCUCACACUGAAUCUUCCGCAGAGGUUAUGCCUCAUGGGCUUGGUGCUGUUCGUGACGCAGUCACUCAAAUUCGUCAGGGUGGUCUAUUUCAAGGCUCUUCUGCUUAGUUCAUCUUCACCUUAAAAAUACAGCCUAACCCUUUAUUCAGUACCCAGCUAUAUUUAUGUUUACAUUAAUCAACUUCCAUACACUCUGUUUGCCUUUUGGGACUAAUAGUGUGCUGAUAUGUUGUUGUUGUUCAACUUUGAACUUGUUUUAUGGUUUUCUGAACUCCAACUCUCUUUUUUCAUUUUCUUUCUCUUACAUCGUAAACGGAUGCAAUGUUAACCGA